GGAGGGGCUCUUUUGUGCAGCUGCACUACCAAAGGCAGCAUAUCUACCGAGCAAAUCGUCUGCGUCACACCUGCACCGGUGGCACAAAAUUAUAUCCCUCACAAAUCCGUUUAAUUACUGAAACAUCUUGAGCUACAUUGGGAGUGUCACACCGUUAUUUCUUAAGGUUGCAUAUAUCGAAAGAUUCAUACAAUCUUCAAGAUUUACCUUGGAAAAUGGUGAAAUUAGGAAACAAUUUUUGCGAAAAGAAUAACACAAAGCAGCCCGUCUCAGAAGAUGGAUUUGACACCAUUCCCCUUAUCACACCACUAGAUGUCAAUCAGCUACAGUUCCCUCCUCCUGAUAAGGUGGUUGUGAAAACAAAAACAGAAUAUGAAGGUGACCACAAGAAGGGCAGAUUCCGUUCACCUAAAAUAGCCGAAUUUACAAUAAGCAUCAUAGAGGGUGUCUCUGAACGACUCAAAGUGACCCUUCUAGUCCUUUGUGCGCUGGCGUUUCUGGUCUGCGUUGUGUUCCUGGUGGUUUACAAAGUCUAUCAGUAUGACCAAACCUGCCCAGAGGGAUUUUUCUUUCAGCACAAUCGCUGCGUCCCGGCUGGAAUGGACAGUUAUUACUCUGAACAAGGCCCCAGCGCCCGAGGAAAAUUCUACACUGUUAUUAACCACUACAACCUGGCCAAACAGACCAUCACUCGCUCAGUAUCACCCUGGAUGACAGUGAUGUCAGAAGAAAAGGUAUCUGCACAGGAGACAGAGACAGCAGAGAAAGUGGCUUAAAUAAAGUGAAAACUACUUAAAUAAAGUCUCAAGAUACUGAAGUUAACAGACACAUUGUACAAAAAGGGAGCUCUACACCUUAAAUAUAACCAUGGGUUACAAAGAGUUGUAAAGAUUUUUGAAGUAUGUAUAUCACUGUAAAACUGCAUGCAGAUUCAUCAUUAUCUAGAGUCUCCUUUGCAUACAGAACAAGGAAUCUAAAAACUAAGUCCUUUUGUGAAGAUGUAGUAUGUUUUAACUCUAAAAUGUCUUCAAAUUCAUUACGUCGUCCAUGAUCUCCAAAGUUAAUAACAAAGUUCAACUUCAUUUGUAAGGAUGAUUCUUUCCAUGGUUGUAAUUAAUGUUGGGUUCCAGGUCACAUAGCUGUACUGUAUAUAGAAGUAUCUUAACACUAUUGGAAUGCUCCAUGUGGGCAAGUAUACUCUUUUCACAUAUUUUAUGUUUUGCUCCUUCUCUUGUCUCACGAUCCACUACUGCUGUUGAUUUGUAAAUGAUAAUGGGGUUCUGGGCCACAGGGCACUUUUUUAAAAAUAAAUUCUGCAAGACAGUUAUAUUGCUUCUCCACUGUGGCUUGUCACAUCUUUGUUAGGAUGUGCACUGGAAUACUGAUGGGUGUACAGUUAAGUCCUUUAAAAAACACAGCUAGACAUUAUUUGACAAGUUUCAUUUCACAACAGUUUUGAAAGACAAAAUAAUGAUUUCCCAGGUUUAAUAAAUCCAGCAUCCUUGCUCAGUCACUGAUUGAGUAAAUGUCCUGUUUGUGAAUAUGCAGGCUGUGUAUUACGCCAUAUUAAAAUGAAAUCACACAUCAGCUUCUUAAUGAUUCCACAUUUAAAAUAAAUAUUUUAUUACACACUGAUGGACAGUUUACUGUAUAUGAUAUAUAAUGUCCUGAUUAAAAGAAAUUGCUUAUUUUCUAUCAAUAAGAGAAGAACAGAUAUAUACUGUAGGUUUUUGAGACCACAUUUAUAAUUACAUGUGGGGACUGAAAUCUGAUUUUAAAUGUGACUUUUAUAAUAUUUACAACAGUUUAGUAAUUUUAUCAAUCAGGCAUGUAAAAUAGUAACAAUUAUAUUGGAAACCUAAAAUGAUUAAGUCCAUCUAAAAUAUUCAUACCUAACUUUCAUAUGUACACUUGUACACAGUGUCUGACACAACACAAUAAAUAACUGAAAGAGGAAUAUUUAAGCUAAGGUGAGGUCAGAGAUAUAGUACAGUAUGUAACAUUCAUUUAUAGCAUUAGCAAUCAAAAGCAAAGUUUGUUUUUAUUUUAUUUAAUUCCAGUGUAAUAAGUGGCUGCUGUUUGGAACUAGUGAAAUACUGUAGGUUUAACAAAGAAGCUAUUUUGAACUAAUGCAGUUUUCCGUGAAUUUCUUUCUCCAUUCUAUGUAAAACUUGUAGUGGAAAUGUCAAAAGUAACAUGAGUUAAACAGUUAUUGGAAGAUAAAACAUUCCAUGAAAUAUAGUUCAAUUAAGUCAUUUGUUGCUGGCUUUCGUGUAUUUAGUGAUAAACAUGUAUAAAAGUGUUUUGUUGAAUUUAUUGCUGCAAGAAUUGUAUAUUUCUUAACUAACAAUCAUCAAGUUAUUAUUGGUAUAUGUUUUUUUUAACAUAUCUUGAUAUUUUUCAGCGAAUGUUAGAGGAGCGGCUUAGAUAUAUAAUGUUGUAAAGUGUCACAGUGCAUGAAAUGCAAUAAAAACAGUGCCAAAUGUUUUCCUUGCCUAAUGUAUAAGUAAUAUUUAGGCCUCCAUAUAUGCACAUGUUCUGUAGAUAAAAUCAUUUUAAAGAUAAUUUAAAUGAAUGUAGAGGGGCAUAUCAAGUUGGUUGUAACUCUUGACAUUUUCACUUUGUAAAGAGAAAUAAAUCAAAAACAAUAUAAUAAUAA